GCAGCGCCGGGUAACCUCGUUUCCGUGGUCUAGCUCGGGCGAUUGUGUGACAGCUGUCAUAGGAAAAGUAUGCUGGUGUGCCGUCGAGCCACUCGCACGUAAACAAUCCACCGCGGUGGUCGCGAAGCGCGUACGACUCCCUGCGUGCCGUUUCGACUCGCGCCAAUCGUAUUUCCAGCGUCUCGAGCGACAACACACGCCGUGAACGAUGACAAUGGGCGAUGAGACCCCAGUUACAUCACUGGUCCUGCCUGUCAUAUUACGACCGAUAUUAACCAAGUUGGAGAGACAGAAUGUCAUGGCAGCGCAAACCUUGCGAGCGGCUCUCUCAAAAGCGGAGAGCUCGCAUCCUGGCAUCACGCAUGACCUCAUCAUGGGCAUAAUACGCAGAGCGGAGCUCAAUCUUGAUAUGAACGAGAGCGUUUUACGGCUACAGGGUGCCGCUUCUGAUUACGAUGUCGUUGAGUAUCGUUCAGCACGUUCGGAAGACGCUUUCCAAGAACUGAAUCGUAAAUCAACCUCCCUAAAAAGAAUACUUAGCAGGAUCCCCGACGAGAUCACUGACAGGAAGACUUUCCUCGAAACAAUCAAAGAAAUUGCGAGUGCAAUAAAGAAACUGUUGGACGCAGUGAACGAAGUUACUGGAUUCAUACCCGGCUCGGCUGGUAAACAGGCUCUGGAUCAACGUAAGAGGGAAUUCGUGAAAUAUAGCAAAAGGUUCAGCAACACGUUAAAGGAAUAUUUCAAGGAGGGACAAGCAAACGCAGUGUUCGUGAGUGCGCUGUACCUGAUACACCAAACGAAUAUGAUAAUGCUUACAGUGAAGGACAAAUGUGAGUAAAAGACAAUUUCCCAAUGAAUUUCUCCAGAGAAAUUUGCGUGUGAUAAUAUAUGUCACAAAAACAGUCAGAUUAUUCACAAUUAUUACGAUUUUGCGUAACAUCUUAAUCCCACAUAUUCUAUUAUACAAGCAAGGAAAUAGGACUUAAAUAUCAUCCGGUGUAAAGGAUUUACGUUUCCAUCAUGUUAACCGAUUGCACUAUAGUUUUUGUUACAUAUAGAUAUAGAUAUAUAUACAAAAUAAUAAAGAAUGUUGGUAUAUUAUCCAAAAAUUUAUAUAUAUAUAUAUAUAUAUAUACACUUUUAUUUUGUGCCAAUUCGAAUGUCAUAUUAAUCGUCAAUUCUCAUUGUAACUGUAAUAGUGCGUAGAAGGAAAUGUUCGGAAUGAGAAUGACUUUAUUGUUGUUAUAUAAAAGUUACGGUCGUACGUAUAUAUGUAGCCCUUUUUAUUCUUCUUACGACUCUAAAGAGUGUAAAACGCCUGAUUGGAAUAAAAUAGUCGAGAGUGAUGCCGAUUAAUAAAUUCGUGUUCCUCGUUUGGGCGUAAAGCAAAGAGAAAAAGCAAAGAUGGAUGCUGUCCUGUUAAAAUGUUUUUGUUGACAAUCGUCUCUUCAUUUAUACUCUUUAGAGCGAGGGACGCGGCGGCGGAAGAUAGUAGGAAUGAUUUCUCCAAGUAUGUACAAGAAAUAAAAAUUACUUUAUUGA